AAAAAUUGAGUCUUGAAGCUUUUUUUUGUUUUUCUUUGAUUUGAUUUGAUCAGGUCCUCAUUAAGAAGUGGGGGUUAGUAGAUUCUUGAUUGAACAGUAGUGAUGGAAGCUCGUUGGGCAAGUUUGAAAUCCACCACCCAUUUGGCUAGAGAGAGCAAGUUUUGGGGGAAGAGAAUGGGAGGAAGUCCAAACAGUUUGAGACUUGAAAGAAAGGAAUGGAAAAUUAAACUCCCCAGGGUUGCUUUCUCUGCUCUCACAACAUCAGAACAUGGCAAUGAUGCUCUUAGUGUGGAUCUGGAAGCACCUAGAGCCCGGGCAAACUCGAAAAAUGUGGCUGCAAUCAUACUGGGAGGCGGCGCAGGCUCCCAGCUUUUCCCUCUUACCCGCAGAGCUGCAACCCCUGCUGUCCCGGUUGGGGGAUGCUAUAGGAUGAUAGACAUCCCAAUGAGCAACUGCAUCAACAGUGGAAUUAGCAAGGUGUUUGUGCUGACACAGUUCAAUUCCGCUUCUCUUAAUCGCCACAUUGCUCGCACCUACUUUGGCAAUGGUGUGAGCUUCGGUGAUGGAUUUUUCGAGGUUUUGGCAGCUACCCAGACACCAGGGGAAGCGGGAAUGAAAUGGUUUCAAGGAACUGCGGAUGCUGUUAGGCAAUUUACGUGGGUAUUUGAGGAUGUGAAGAACAAGGAUAUAGACAAUAUAGUUAUUAUGUCUGGGGAUCAGCUUUACAGGAUGGACUACAUGGACCUGGUGCAGAACCACAUUGACUGCAAUUCUGAUAUUACUAUUUCUUGUGUGCCAACCAAUGAAAGUCGAGCUUCCAACUUUGGGCUGGUGAAAAUGGACCAUAGUGGUCGAGUUGUCCAGUUUGUCGAGAAACCUAAAGGCAUUGAUCUAAAAGAAAUGCAAGUAGAUACCACUCUUCUGGGGUUGUCUUCAGAAGAAGCAAGAAGAAACCCUUUUAUUGCUUCAAUGGGGAUUUAUGUAUUUAGGACAGAGUUUCUCUUGAAUCUUCUUACAUGGAAAUAUCCCGCAUUCAAUGACUUCGGGUCAGAAAUCAUCCCCGCAACUCUCACAGACCACAACAUUCAAGCUUACAUUUUCAGAGACUACUGGGAGGACAUUGGAACAAUCAAAUCUUUCUAUGAUGCAAACUUAGCCCUUACAGAACAGUUUCCCAAGUUCGAAUUUUAUGAUCCAAAAACACCUAUCUACACAUCUCCUCGGUUCCUACCACCCAGCAAAAUCGAUCGCUGCAAGAUAAAGGAUGCAAUAAUAUCGCAUGGGUGUUUUUUGCGAGAAUGCAUUGUGCAACAUUCCAUAGUUGGUGAACGAUCCCGAUUAGAUUCUGGUGUUGAACUAAAGGAUACUUUAAUGAUGGGAGCAGAUAACUAUGAAACUGAAUCUGAAAUAGCUCUUCUUCUGGCUGGUGAAAAAGUGCCUAUGGGCAUAGGACAAAACACAAAAAUUAGGAACUGCAUUAUUGACAAGAACGUAAGGGUCAGGAAAAAUGUUGUUAUCACGAACAAAGAUGGUGUUGAAGAAGUGGCCCGACAAGAGGAAGGAUUCUAUAUCAGGUCAGGGAUUGUCGUUAUAAUGUAGAACGUAACUAUCAGUGAUGGAACAGUCAUAUAAUCUCGACGAGAUGCAUGCUUGGAAAUCAUGUUUCAACUAGGGAUUGAUUAUCAGUACUUUUUCAUUACACAGAGAAGCAUUUAAU